CGUUGUUCAAUAUGGCCUAAAUAAGUAUUAAAAGUGGUGUUUUAUAGAUAUCUCCAUAUCAAUAUGGCUUUUUAUUACAUCGAUGUAGCAUUGUGGUUUGGUGAAAUAACUGGUUAGGAAAUUCCUUGUUUAUUUUUAACAAAAUGUUUGAUUGCAUGCUGAAACUAAAACGUGAUAGGAAUGCAAAUUAAGUUAGGCGAGGACCACACUCCUUGAGAGAAAUGAGAAUACUCGGUCAGAGGAUGCCAAACCACCUUCCUAUUAGCCUUCUUAGAUUACAAAAUUCCUUGUUUUUUUCCCGGUGGAAAAUAAUCACAUUUUACAUAUUGGAUCAAAUGGGUUUGCCCUUUUCAGACAGCGCAGGUGUACAACAGAGGGCCAACGGAGGAGUCUCGUGCCUAGGUGUGAGCAGAUUAUUCAAAUAGGGCAUUGAAUGAGUGAGGGUUGGAGGGUCGAGCGCCAACGCGACACAUGCUGCUAUACCACAGCAAGACGAGGAGCUAACGUCAUUACAACUCUUGUCAUCGUCAUUCGCUUUACAACGUCUGAAGGCACUCCGGGCAGAACGAUACCCAUGAACCAGUCCCCAGGCAGCACGCAGACUAAACGACCUGGGUUGCCUGUGGUCCCCUGUCGGUUUUAGGGCACUUUUUUUCACUUAAUCUUCUGCUGGGACUGAGAGAGGCUGUUGACGGAAAUUGGUUUUGGACGGUCCACAAUGCUAAGCGCUGUUAAAAUGGAAGGACACGAACAUUCAGACUGGAGCGCUUACUACGGAGAGCCCGAGUGCUAUACCUCAGUUGGAAACAUGACACAACACACCGGGCUGGGAAUGAACUCGAUGAGCAGCUAUAUGAGCAUGCCUGGAAUGACUUCAACCAGCAACAUGUCAGGCAGCCCCAUGAACAUGUCAUACGUCAACACGGGUGUGAACCACUCCAUGGCCGCGAUGUCACCGGGCUCCGGAGCCAUGCACAGUAUGGGAGCAGGGAUGGCGGGCAUGAGCACGGCGCUGAACCCGAACAUGAGCCCCAUAAACACCCAGUCUCCAUCGAUGAAUGCCCUGACCUCCUAUAACAAUAUGAGCGUUAUGAGCCCCAUCCCCAUGUAUGGACAGUCCAACAUAAGGUCAAGGGACCCCAAAACAUACAGGAGAAGCUAUACGCACGCCAAGCCCCCAUAUUCCUACAUUUCUCUCAUCACCAUGGCRUUACAGCAGUCUACCACAAAGAUGCUGACGUUGAAUGAGCUAUACCAGUGGAUCCAGGACCUCUUCCCCUUCUACAGACAGAACCAGCAGCGCUGGCAAAACUCUAUCCGCCACUCUCUAUCRUUCAACGACUGCUUCCUCAAAGUGCCCAGGUCCCCGGAUAAACCAGGCAAAGGAUCUUUCUGGACRCUUCACCCGGACUCAGGGAAUAUGUUUGAGAACGGCUGCUAUCUCCGYAGGCAAAAGCGGUUCAGGUGCGAGAAAGACCUCSGCAGGGAYACCGGGAYGAAAAKUUCCGAGGGKGGCRCUAACAGCAGCCCAGAGAGCUGUAACGGUAACGAAUCACCUCACCCCACCCCGUCGGUAAAAGACGUCAAGCGGACAGUAUCUAACCCGAAACCCCGGCAGCAGGUAAUGAGCCCCGCSGAGCACGCGCRCWCUCCUYUCCCYCAGACWCACCAUCUUCRGUCUCAYCAUCACUCGGUGCUCGUGCACGAAGCGCACCUGAAGCCSGAGCACCACUAUUCAUUCAARCACCCRUUCUCCAUCAACAAUCUYAUGUCGUCGGAYCAGCAAUCCUAA